AUGGCGAGUCAUCAGCGCGGAGGAGGUCGGGUUGGCGGCCGGGGUCAGGCGAACCCCAACGUCGUUCAGGGCCAGGGGGCGGGGGCUACGGCGGCGGUGGCGGGCGUGGCGGCCAGUACUACGGCAGCGACGACAGCGGAGGCCGCGGCGGCGGACGUGGUGGCGGCAGGGGCGGUGGUCGUGGCUUCGACGGCCGCGGCGGCGGGUACCAGGAAGGGGGCCGCGGGGGCCGAGGCGGCGGAGGAUUCCAGGAAGUACGUGGCGGAGGCCGAGGUGGCGGCGGCUACCAGGGCGGCGGCCGAGGUGGUGGUGGCGGCUACUACGAAGGACAUGGCGGAGGCCGAGGUGGCGGCGGCGGCGGCUACCAGGGCGGCGGCCGAGGUGGUGGUGGCGGCUACAACGACGGCCGUGGCGGGGGCCGAGGUGGUCGCGGCUACCAGGGACAGGGAGGCAGCGACUACGGCCGCGAGCGUGGGCUUGGAGGUCUGCAACCUCCACGUCCUGAUCUGCGCCAAGCCGGUGACCAUCUCACCAGAGACGACGCUAAAGGGCAUAUACAGGCAAGUCAUGUCGAAGCUGGUUUCUGAGAACAGGCAGACCGAGCUUGGCGGCCGCCUACCCGCAUACGACGGCCAGAAGUCACUGUUCACCGCCGGCGAGCUGCCCUUCAAAAGCAAGGAAUUCGUGGUCACCUUGCCUGGCAGGGUGGAAAAGAGGUACAAGGUGGUGAUCAAGCAUGCCACGGCGGUCAGCCUGCACCCGCUGUUCAUGCUCAUGGCAGGCUACCCUACGGACAUCCCGACGCAGGCGCUGCAGGUGCUCGACAUUGUGCUGCGUGACAUUGUGCUCAACGAACGCAACUCCAUGGAGUACGUUGCAGUUGGCCGGUCCUUCUUCUCACCACUCAUAGCGCCAGAGGGACCCAAGAAUCUUGGCCUGGGUGUGGAGGGAUGGAAGGGUUUCUAUCAGAGCAUCAGGCCUACACAGAAGGGCCUGUCUGUGAUCGUAGACAUUUCUUCGACAGCUUUCAUUCGACCCAUGCCACUGAUUGAAUUUGUGAUGGAGAUUCUGAACAAAGAUAGCAGGACCUUUAGAAGUAUUACUCCCAUGGAUCUUGUCAAGGUUUGCAAGAUAGUAGCUGGACAGCAAUACCGGAAGAAGUUGGAUAGCCAACAAGUCUCUAAACUAAUGGACUCAACCUGCCAGCGUCCAUCUGACCGUGAGAACAACAUUCGUCAGGUUGUUGAGCACAAUGACUACAAUAGAACUGAGCGUGCAAGUGAAUUUUGCAUGGAGGUUGACUAUCGUCCUACUUCAGUUCAGGCUAGAGUCCUGCCAGCUCCCACUCUGAAGUACCGUGGCACUGGAUCUGAAAGCUUGUGUAGUCCAAAGGAUGGGCAGUGGAACAUGAUUAAAAAGCAAGUAGUACAUGGUGCAAGGGUGGGCCACUGGGCCUGCGUUAACUUUUGCCAUGAAUUGCCCAGAGAUGUUGUUGGUAAAUUCUGCUCUGAUCUGGUUAAAUGGUCUCGUACUACUGGAGUGGACAUGGAUAACUUGAGACUUCCAAUAUACCUUGUUCGUCCUGAACAAGUUGAAACUGAUCUUCAUAGGCUGUGUCAGGAUGCCCGGAACAAGCUAAGAGUGCAAAAGAUAGAUCUUUUGCUUGCUAUACUGCCAGAGAAAAACGGCAACUUAUAUGGUAAUUUCAAAAGGAUCUGCGAGACAGAGAUUGGUAUCAUGUCGCAGUGUUGCCUGGAUAAAAAUGUUAGAAGUGCAGGUCCUCCGUACUUUGCUAAUGUUGCUAUUAAGAUCAAUGCCAAGUUUGGAGGAAGGAACUUAGAAUUUGCUAAUCCCAAAGAAAGCUUACCGGUUGUUUCGAUUGAACCAACAAUUAUAUUUGGUGCCGAUGUCACUCACCCAGCUGCUCUAGAUGAUACUGCCCCUUCCAUUGCUUCUGUUGUUGCCUCCCAAGACUGGCCCAAGGUGGCUAACUAUAGUGGCAUUGCCCGUGCACAAGGUCACCGUAAAGAGCUCAUCGAUGGCCUGGAAGACAUUGUCAAGGAACUCCUACUUGCAUUUGAGGAACGGUCUAAGCAGAGACCCAAGCAGCUGAUCUUCUACAGGGAUGGCGUAAGUGAGGGCCAAUUCAAACAAGUGCUGGAACAAGAAAUCCCAGAGAUAGAGAAGGCAUGGAAAGCUCGUUACAAUGAGAAGCCAAAGAUCACCUUCAUAGUGGUGCAGAAGAGGCACCACACAAGGCUCUUCCCCAGUGAUCGCCAAUGGACAGACAGGAGUGGAAAUAUUCUACCUGGCACUGUAGUUGAUAAGAAUAUCUGCCACCCAACAGAAUUUGAUUUCUUCCUGUGCAGCCAUGCUGGUAUCAAGGGAACAAGCCGUCCUACACAUUACCAUGUGCUGCGAGAUGACAAUAAGUUCACUGCAGAUGCUCUGCAGUCUCUCACAUAUAACUUAUGCUACUUGUAUUCAAGCUGCACUCGCUCUGUGUCAAUCGCUCCUCCCGCAUACUACGCCCACAAGCUAGCGUUCCGUGCCCGCUUCUACGUCAACCAAGGCUCCGAUGCAGCGACAAGUGUCGGCUCUUUUGGUUCAUCUGCUCCCGCGGCUGCUGCUGCUGCUGGUCCGAAGCCACUUCCGGAGAUCAAGGGUGAACUGAAAAGGCUCAUGUUCUACUGCUAG